UUUCCCAGUGCCAUGGGAAGGAAGAGCUGACCCGGAGAGCUGCUACAACGCUGCUAACACCCUAGGCCAGUAGACCAGCACACCAUGGAGAUCUGACUGAGGUCUCUGAGUCAGGAAAGGGCUGAAGGUCGCUUAAGGAAAGGACAAGCAUUAGCUAAUCUGGGAAAAACAGAAGAAGCUUUAAGAGAGUUUCUCUUCUGCCUUGCCCUGGAUAUUGGGAACAAGACAGCCAAGUCAGAGGCUCAGAAGAAGACUAUUAAUAAUACAUGAUGUGCCGUCUUCUCAAACAUCAAUGCUGCAGGAUCAGACCAGAGGCAUGCUUCUACUUAGUUUAUUUUCACUCAUCCCGGGAAAUGCUCAGGAGCACUUACCCGAUAUCCUGCAGCUGUUGUCACCUCACUCUAGAUUAAAGGGGAGCCUUCUAAAUUCAGUGGGAUCUGGAGGCACCAGCCAUAACCUACAAAGGUUGCUCAAGGUAAAUGUGGAACACAAAAAGAGUUUUCCUGCUCACGAGGAACAAAAUGUGACUAGUUUGAGAAAAUCAGUGCAAGUGACGGAGAUUAAAAGAGACUGCUCAGAAGAUGAGAACACACAUGCCUCCGUCCCGGAGUCCGCCUUUCUCAUUUCUGAGAAAUGCAGCCUUUUGAAAAGAAAGUGCUGCUCUGAAGACAUGAGAAGUGCUGAGGUGCCCUGCAAGCGCACAAAGAAAGGCACAGUAGAUGCCAAGGGAUCUAAUGCUGGGCACCACAUUUCAUUUGAAUUUGUGGAUCCAUCUGACCUGGAUUGCUCUUUGUGCAUGAGGCUUUUCUAUGAACCUGUCACCACGCCCUGUGGACAUACCUUCUGCCUGAAAUGUCUUGAAAGAUGCCUAGAUCACAACCCAAAAUGCCCCCUGUGCAAAGAAGGCCUUUCUGAGUGUUUGGCUAUGAGGAAAUACUGUAAGACAGUACUGAUGGAGGAGUUAAUCGCUAAGUAUCUUCCAGAGGAACUCACUGAAAGAAGAAAAGUGUAUGAAGAGGAAAUUGCAGAGCUUUCCAAUUUAAAUAAGAAUGUUCCUAUAUUUGUCUGCACAAUGGCCUAUCCUACCGUCCCGUGCCCUCUGCACAUCUUUGAGCCCUGUUAUAGACUGAUGAUUCGAAGGUGCAUGGAAACUGGCACCAAACAGUUUGGCAUGUGCAUCGGGGAUCCUGUCAAGGGCUUUGCAGAUUACGGCUGCAUUCUGGAGAUAAGAAGCGUUGAAUUCUUUGCUGAUGGACGCUCUGUUGUAGACAGCAUUGGCAAGAGAAGGUUUAAGGUGAUACAGCACAGCCAGCGUGACGGAUAUAAUACAGCAGAUAUUGAGUACAUUGAGGAUCAAAAGGUGCAAGGACAGGAGUAUGCUGAAUUACUUGUUUUACAUGAUUCUGUGUACGAGCAGGCACACACGUGGUUUAACUCGCUCAAGCAAGCACUCAAGAGUCGAAUACUCAGUCAUUUUGGUCCAAUGCCAGCUAAGGAUCCUGAUCCACAGGCUAACCCCAAUGGCCCUGCCUGGUGCUGGUGGGUCCUUGCUGUCCUUCCACUUGAGAACAGAGCUCAGCUUCCAUUCCUUGCCAUGAAAUCCCUAAGAGACCGCUUGAAUGGCAUCAGACGUGUCCUUAUGUUCAUGUCUCGUACGAGAUCACGGUGAUGCCAAGAGAGCUGUGAAACCUCUUGCAAUACUUGACUUGACUGUGGAGUGUUUCUUGUAUCUAUAUCUAACUGCAAUAAUGUCUUACAGAUUGACCUGUCAAAGCAGGAUAAAUUUUCAUGCCUGAAUUUCAAAGGAAAUAAAAUAUAAAGAGCAAAGGAUACUUAUGGAUGCUUCGCUAGUUUCCAUUUUGAACUCUUAACUUUCUUGAGAUUAUUCAAUUAUUGUACUGCUAAAUUAAUAACAUAAAUGUUAUAUAGCAGAACAAAAAGUGAUCUUGUUUGCCAUAAACCUUUCAAAAGUUUAAGAGUGUUUUGUAGUAGAUAAACAAAAUCUGUGCAGUUUAAUGUGAAGCAGAAAUAAUAAUGUUAAUGCAUUAUUUCAGUGAACUGCAAAGUCUUUUAUUCCAAAUGGUUCAGGUUUUAUAUAGCAUUAUGUAUAAUAAUGUUCACAACUUCUGUUUGAUAAUUUAUUUUUGCACUAUGAUGUCUUUUUUGGUUUUCAAAUGUAUAUUGCAAUUAUUUAUGUGUACAUUCUCUGAACAGAAAGUGAGCUGCUCUAUUUAUUUACAAUGUCCUACCCUGUAUGUAUGACUAAAGAAAAAAAUGAUUCUAGGAAUACACAAGCUACUGCUUCUAUCAUUUUUUUCAGCAUAUUUGUGUCUGAGCACUUGAACGUUUUUCUGCUUAUCUCUAAUGUUACUGUGUUACAAGUGUGUGUCCCCAAAACAAGACUUCAUGGCAGGCUGUCUGUACAGGUUUUGUCUGAAAUAAUUUGAUUUUAGUUGCAGCAAACCUUGAUCCUAAUACCUUAACUUGGCCCCCCUUUAAAUGUGUUGUCAAACUGGAAUCUAGGUCAACCAAUUUCAGUGGGAGUUGGCUAGAGAGUAUUGAAGGAUCCAGCCCUUCACUUUGCACGGAUAUACAGAGCGUGCGAUAGCCUACUGAGUGCUGCAUUUGUCUGAAUUGUUCUGGAAAAUGCGGCUAGAAACACUUUUCAUAAGAAUGAAUCCCAAAUGUGAGAAGCAUCCAUUUACAAACAGGAACUGCAACUAUAGGUGUUUUUUAUUGCAGAUUAUUAUAGAUUCUUUAUAUUAAUCUUCCUUGCUGUUAAGGCCGUCUUAUUGCAUUUUCUAACUAAUGUCAUGGAGCGGGGGAGAUGUGUUUUUUGGUUUUUUUGCUGUGUAAGACACCGGAAGGGCUGCUUCCAUAUAUUGCACAAUAGAGGGAAUAAUGGUAACAACCUUGCAACUUAUUGCACCUCCAGGUUACUCUGUUGACCACAAAUCUUUAUCCAGGCUUGGCACUUGUUUGUCGGACUGUGAGCAGUUUGAUAGUAAGAGUUAAAACUCUGGGGGAAAGGGAAAGGGUUUUGAAAUGGUUCUUUUUAAUUAGGGGUGCACUGAUAGAGACUUUUUAAUGAGCCAUAUUGACAGAUACCAAUCCGAUUCCAA